GAGGCAAGGAGGCGCCGGGGGGCGGGGAAGGCUCCGGAGCGGGCGGUGACGGCGGCGGCGCGGAGGAGCCAAAGGCUGGGCCUGGGCCCCCGUGCGUCUGUCCGUACCCCGUGGAUGCGAAUCGGCCGCGGCGGAGGCGGCGGCGGCGGCGGCGGCGGAGGAGGAGUCGGUGGGCCGGCGCCGGGCCGGUGGGAGCGCGGAGGAUGAGGCCGCUGCCGGGCGCUCCCGGCGUGGCGGCGGCCGCCGCGCUGUUGCUGCUGCUGCUGCUGCCCCGGGCCCGGGCGGACGAGCACGAGCACACGUAUCAAGAUAAAGAGGAAGUUGUCUUAUGGAUGAAUACUGUUGGGCCCUACCAUAAUCGCCAAGAGACAUACAAGUACUUUUCACUUCCAUUCUGUGUGGGCUCAAAAAAAAGCAUCAGUCACUACCAUGAAACUCUGGGAGAAGCGCUUCAAGGAGUUGAGUUGGAAUUUAGUGGUCUGGAUAUUAAAUUCAAAGAUGAUGUGAUGCCAGCCACUUACUGUGAAAUUGACUUAGAUAAAGAAAAGAGAGAUGCAUUUGUGUAUGCUAUCAGAAAUCACUACUGGUACCAGAUGUACAUAGAUGACUUACCAAUAUGGGGUAUUGUUGGUGAAGCAGAUGAAAAUGGGGAAGAUUACUAUCUUUGGACCUAUAAAAAACUUGAAAUAGGUUUUAAUGGGAAUCGAAUUGUUGAUGUUAAUCUAACUAGUGAAGGAAAAGUGAAACUGGUUCCCAAUACUAAAAUCCAGAUGUCAUAUUCGGUAAAAUGGAAAAAGUCAGAUGUAAAAUUUGAAGAUCGAUUUGACAAAUACCUUGAUCCAUCCUUUUUUCAACACAGGAUUCACUGGUUUUCAAUAUUCAACUCCUUCAUGAUGGUUAUCUUCUUGGUGGGCUUAGUUUCAAUGAUUUUAAUGAGAACUUUAAGAAAAGAUUAUGCCCGGUACAGUAAAGAAGAAGAAAUGGACGACAUGGAUAGAGACCUAGGAGAUGAGUAUGGAUGGAAGCAGGUGCAUGGAGAUGUAUUUAGACCAUCAAGUCACCCGCUGAUAUUUUCGUCUCUCAUUGGUUCUGGAUGUCAGAUAUUUGCUGUGUCGCUCAUUGUUAUUAUUGUUGCAAUGAUAGAAGAUUUGUAUACAGAGAGGGGGUCAAUGCUCAGUACAGCCAUAUUUGUCUAUGCUGCUACAUCUCCAGUGAAUGGUUAUUUUGGAGGAAGUCUGUAUGCUAGACAAGGAGGAAGGAGAUGGAUAAAGCAGAUGUUCAUUGGUGCAUUCCUCAUCCCAGCUAUGGUGUGUGGCACUGCCUUCUUCAUCAAUUUUAUAGCCAUUUAUUACCAUGCUUCGAGAGCCAUUCCUUUUGGAACAAUGGUGGCUGUUUGUUGCAUCUGUUUUUUUGUUAUCCUUCCUCUAAAUCUUGUUGGUACAAUACUUGGCCGAAAUCUGUCAGGUCAACCGAACUUUCCGUGUCGUGUCAAUGCUGUGCCUCGUCCCAUACCGGAGAAAAAAUGGUUCAUGGAGCCUGCAGUUAUUGUUUGCCUGGGAGGAAUUUUACCUUUUGGCUCAAUCUUUAUUGAAAUGUAUUUCAUCUUCACAUCUUUCUGGGCGUAUAAGAUCUAUUAUGUCUAUGGCUUCAUGAUGCUGGUGCUGGUCAUCCUGUGCAUUGUGACCGUCUGUGUGACCAUCGUGUGCACAUACUUUCUACUAAAUGCAGAGGAUUAUAGGUGGCAAUGGACAAGUUUUCUCUCUGCUGCAUCAACUGCAAUUUAUGUUUACAUGUAUUCCUUUUACUACUAUUUUUUCAAAACAAAGAUGUAUGGCUUAUUUCAGACAUCAUUUUACUUUGGAUAUAUGGCGGUAUUUAGCACAGCCUUAGGGAUAAUGUGUGGAGCAAUUGGUUACAUGGGAACAAGUGCCUUUGUCCGAAAAAUCUAUACUAAUGUGAAAAUUGACUAAAGACCCAAUAAAACCUGGAACUUCGGAUCAAUUUCUCUUUCACAGGGGUGGAACUUGGACAGCAAAAAAAGCGCAAGAAGAGAUUUGGGCUUUAACACUGGGUACUUUGUGGGUCUCUCUUUCGUGGAUGGCUUAAAGUAACAUCUAUUUCCAUUGAUCCUAGGUUCUUAACUGACUGCUUUCUCCAACUGUUCACAGCAAAUGCUUGGAUUUUAUGCAGUAGGCAUUACUACAGUACAUGGCUAAUCUUCCCAAAAACUAGCUCAUUAAAGAUGAAAUAGACCAGCUCUCUUCAGUGAAGAGGACAAAUAGUUUAUUUAAAGCAUUUGUUCCAAUAAAAUAAAUAGAGGGAAACUUGGAUGCUAAAAUUACAUGAAUAGAAAUCUUCCUGGCACUAGUGUUUCUAUGUUAUUGAAAAAUGAUGUUCCAGAAAGAUUAAUUUUUUCUCUUAUUUUUACUGCCAUCGUCAACUUAUUGUGGGACAUUUUUAUAUAUUGAACCUGGGUUCUUUUUUGACCUGCCUUUUUUUUUUUUUUUUUCCCAAUUCAACUGCAUCCUUUUUUUCUUUUUUUUACAGAGAGAAUUUAAAAAUAUUAAAUCCUGCGUGUAAUAUAUCUGCUGUCAUCUUAGUUGGGCCAACUUCCCAUUUAUUUAUCUUAAAACUAUCCAAUUACAUCUUAAUUCCAUCCAAAGAAGAUACAGUCUGAAGAUAGAGGUGUACUCUCUACAAUGCAAUUUACUGUACAGUUAGAAAGCAAAGUAUUAAAUGGAGGAGAUAUUUGUUUUUAUUAAACAUUUUGUGAUUUAGAUAAACUACAUUUUAACUGAAUGUCUAAAGUGAUUAUCUGCCCCCUCCCCCCAAGUUAGUCUUACAUCUUUUUGGGGUUUGAAUGAAGGUUUUACAUAAGAAAUUAUUAAAAACAAGGGGGGUGGGUAAUAAAUGUAUAUAACAUUAAAUAAUGUAACGUAGGUGUAGAUUCCCAAAUGCAUUUGGAUGUACAGAUUGACUACGGAGUACUUUUUUCUGAUAUGAUUGGUGUAGAAAUGUGUGAAUUUGGGUGGCUUUUUACAUCUUGCCUACCACUGCAUGAAACAAUGGGGUUUCUUCAAAAUGUGUGUGUUCAUACUUCUUUUGGGAGGGGGGAUUGUUUGUUUUUUUCCUGAGACUCCUACAGGAGCUAAAUUUGUAAUUUAGAAACAUUUACUCUUGUUAAUCCUGUCUGGGGCACUUAAGUAACAUCUAAAGCGUUACUGCUUUAGAAUGUUAAAAUAAAACUUCCUGACCAAAUUGUUUUGUGAAAAUACAUGUGUUUGCAAUUUGAAGAUAUCUUUUUCAAAAGGCAAUUACUGAAUGCAAAUUUUUUACUAUACUAUAAACCAUGCUUUUCUAAUACAGGGGACAAUUACUUUAAAAUCCCUGAACUUGCUUACAUGUAGAUUAUCCAGUACAGUCACAAAGUGAAUGAGAAGCCCUUUGAAUGAAAUUGUGGCACAAAAUCUGUUCAGGUUGGUGUACCAUGUAAAGUGGGGAUGGGUAAAAGUGGUUAGCUUACUAGGGGAUGAGCAAAUAAAGGUUAUAGUUUUCUAAGAGAA